UAGUCAUCAGUAACUCAGCUCCACAGGAAAAAAAUAGAAAAAUGUUUCCCAACCCUAUUCAAAUUGUUUGUUUCCGAGUGGUACAACCCAUCAUUGAUUUUCUGGGCUACCUGCUGAACGAAGUCCACUUCUUGGCGUUCCUAGCUGGGCUGGCUUUUCUUGGGAUUUUCCUGGGACUCAUCUUUGGUACCAUAACCGUUAUCUGGUACAAGUCCACACGCGAUGGAAAAAUUAAGGACUGUUGUGCCGAAAAAGAGUCGCUGGAUGUGAAGAAGAACAAUUGAGAUGUCGUUGUCGUUUUUAAAUAAGAACAGCUCUUGUGUUUGUGAAGAUCCAUAUUAAAUAUUAAAAUGUUUCCUAGAUAUUGUGUGACUGCGGGGUUCCAUCCCCUCAAAAAACACUAAACAUA